CCUGCGGACGCUGCGGAGCAAUGCACUGCAACUGUAACUGGCAUGGGAAAGUUUUUGGAGACUUUCACAGCAUCAAUAACCAAACACUUACUCAUCACUCUACUCGAUUGCCUACGCAUGAGCUGAGGCCGACAGCCCUUUUGGUCAAGGGGCAAGUGCAGAUAGGACUUUUUCGUCAAUUGGCAUUGGGCUAGCACUGAGACGAAACUUCUCCCGCCAUGGCUACGACUACGGCAGCGGCGGCUCCAGGUUUGAAGCUGCCUAAGCGGUUACUCGAUUUCUUUGCUCGAUACCCUCCCGAGCAGUAUUCGGCGAAAAUCACAGGAAUAACGCUCCCUCUGACGCGAAAAGAAGCGAAAGAAGCCGCCCGAACACGAGGAGUAAAUACGGGCGCUCCUGCUCCUGUCCAGACGGACCACGCGAUCGCAGAUAUCGAAACCUCGGAAGCCACCGUCUCUAUACCUACACCUGCACCUUCAUUUGCGCAGACGAAUUUCCCACCGAACCCGUUCUUACCGCGAAAGAAUUUCGAGACAGGACGUUGGGCGGGCGCGAGGAUUGGUCUACGGCGGCAAGCCGAGCUGGUCAAGAUGGCCAAGAAACUAAAAAUCGAAGAGCUGCUUCCGCCGGGACGAAAAUCGACCGAUUUCAAGCAAGCGCGAUUACUAGACAGAGGCUUGAGCGUCAAGGGUACCGGAGAAGGUCAAAAAGUCAAAGGACAUAAAUGGGAAAGACAUAUUGGGGCGACUCUGGAGAAGAGAAGGACUGCUAUGGAGAAUAUGCCGGAGUUGGUACAGGAAUGGAAACGGGUAGGACUUCAAAUCUUCUCUUCGCAAUCCGAGCAAGAGCGUAUGCUAACAUUUCGAUUCUCUAGCGUGGCCAUGGCCGUGGAUGGAAGAAAUAUCCCAAAUAAAACUUACUUGGAUCUGGAUUUUGUCACGAACUCAGUACAGUACUUCGUGACGCGAUUUUCUGGCUUCACAAUCAGCAGUCUCGGAGCGAGGCGUCACCGCACCGAGUCCGGUAACCGGACCUAAAGAUCUGGAAUGAAGUGUUUUGGGCGGGAUUUGUCCCAGCUAAGUGCCAGCCUCCGCUCCGGAGCAUUCGACUCUCGGCCUCUGCUGGCAUGUGGAUAAGCGUUAACAGGAGGGAGGUCUUUGAAGUGUAUAUACAAUCUUCCAGACAGCUUCACGACGACAAGCUGUAUAUUGGCUGCACUAGGUUGUGGCCGUGUAAGAUAGGAUCAUAAUAUCCCCGUGAAGAGUCUCAGAAGAGCAUGUCCUGUCUCCUUGGAUGGCUGAAGCUCUAUAUUCUGAUCAAAGCCGCAUAGUGGCAAGCAGGCCAGACGGUGCUCCGUCUGUUGCUUUUCGGAGUGGGGCCCACAAGCAGUCUGCUGCUGGAAAAAAGUCCCUCGACGGCGGAAAUGUCAGACG